AUGGCACCUUCGCUGCCGCCAUCGAUUAUCCGCAUCACGUUCCUAGUGUGCCUGGCGCGUUCCUGUACUGCUUCAAAUCCAACUACAAGUGAUGGCCAUCCAAAGGUGGAAGCCACCGCGCCAAGCAUUGAGGAUUCUCUGCGAGGGCUUAUGGCGACCAUUCUUGAUCCUUCUAACCCACUGGCCCAGAAAAUCCUGACGGCAGACUUGUCGUUUCCAUGCAGCCUAGGCCUCCUGAGGUUGGUACGCGGCUUGAGGAACCUGGAACCAUGGGCACUGAGAAUUAUCGACGCAAGUGGCAAGUACCCGACGGGCUUCCUUCAUGGCACUACGGUGGACCUCGGCUCGUUCGACGAGUGCGUGGCGACCGUGGAGCGAGACCAGUACGGACAUGCAAAGACCAAGGCCCACUACUGCAUGGUGCAGAUACGCUUACUGAAGAACGAAACAGCCGUAAAGCACCUCGUGCCAGCCGCCGCAAUAGCCCACAAGAGGGUGUCGAAAUUCCUCAGCUACUGGGUAGACCCGGACGCUCCGGGGGCGAGAGUCGGAAUCUGCAUCGUUGAUCAAUGCAGCGAGCAAGACAUCGAAGCUCUUGCGAGAACGUUGAUAACGGACAGCUUAAAUGUCACCGUGAGUGACUGCGUAAAUGGUCAGUUUUCACCCAUGAGUUCCACACAAGCCGGAAUAAUAUGUCUUCUAGCGUGCAUUGGGGCAAUGAUGUUACUAAGCUCCUGCUUUCACUUCUAUUUGUGGCUCAGGGAUCGCUCUUCAAAUGAAGGACAGCUCGUUCGUCUUCUGACCUCGUUUUCCGUGCUGAAGAACACGAAGCACAUAGUCUGCAUGGAUGAAAAAAUGUCCAACGACGUGUCCUUUGAUUUCAUGAAUGGGAUGCGUUUCCUAAGCAUCGCGUGGAUCAUUCUUGGCCAUGUUUUUGGAGGCAUGACAGACGUUCUAUCGGCAAGAAUAAAUAUGAUGUACUUUUUCGAUGAUUGGGCUUCUACAAUUUUACCAGCUGGCUUCCUGUCGGUAGACACGUUUAUGUUUCUCAGCGGGUUUCUUCUAAUCAACACAGUAUUCAAUCAGAAAAGAAGCGCCUUCUUCAUUGCACCCAUUGCAGCUGUACGUCGAUACAUCAGGGUUGUUGUGCCAGUGGUGUUUCUCGUAGCGUGCAUACAGCUCCUACCGCUAGCCGUGCAAGGCCCCAAUACGAACAAGUACUACCGAGAUAUCCAGAUGAUGGUCUACGCUCAUUGGAAGCAUUUUCUAUUGCAGGUGUACAAUUUCAAUCACGAGAUACGAUCGAUCGGAUUGAUUCACAUCUGGUACGUUUCUACAGACUUCCAGCUUUUCCUGGUGUCACUAGCCGUCAUCCUAAUGCUCAGAUGGUCCAAGCUUUGGUGCGGCGUGGCCUUUGCUGUGCUGUCCAUUCUGAGCUGCGUUGUGUCGACCCUACAAAUUCACAAAACGGAGAUGACUCCAUUUAUCAUUGGAAUGACUGAGGAGUUCAGCAUGGUGAGAAAAGUAAUGAACCUUUACUACGUGCAGCCGUUUUACCAUGCGGUAUGCUUCUUCGCUGGAUGCAUUACUUGGUUGCUAAAGGACAGCUUCAGUCGCAGCCACUUUUCGAAGGUAGCCGCCGCACUCUGUUGGAUUGCGAGCUUAGCUUGUGGUAUCACCUGCGUCUUCAUCAAAUACCCAUGGUAUCACGAGAAAGAGCCGACAGAUGAAUGGGGAAAACUCGCCACAGCUUUCUUCGAUAGAAUAUUGUGGUCCAUCUGUUUGUCUUGGAUUACGUUGACAUGCUCUACGAAGCGUGGAGGUAUAAUGGACUCCUUCUUGAGCUGGAAAGGUUUUGGCCCUUUGAGCAAGCUAGCAUUUGCUGUUUACCUGGUACACAUGCCUCUCUACGACCUGAUGAACCAUUUCUGCAAGGAGCGGACAUAUUUCUCUCACUUCAGCCUGGUAAGUAAUAAAGGAACUGCACUUUAA